UACAGAUUGGAAAAUAUGUUUGUGACUCAUAGUUAUCUGUGUGACCUCACAGUUUCCCAGCAUGCCUCAGCUGUGGAGCUGUAUGAGGGGGAGGAGUUUGUCCUGCUGCCCUGUGAGUUUCUCACCUUUGACCUGGACGACCCCACAGCGGUGUGGAGCCGCUACGAUCUUGAUCCUCCAACCGUCCACCAGCGUCAGCAGGAAGGUGAUGAACUUAAAGACCAAAACCAGCUUUACAGCGGCCGAACAUCCAUGAUGACUGACGCUCUGGAAACUGGAGACCUCAGCCUUAACCUAACAAAACUCCAGCUCUCUGACAGCGGCAGCUACACCUGCACCGUCAGAGCAGCAGGAGGACAAUGGAGAGUGACAGAGAUACAGCUGCAGGUCAAAGAACGAUUUCCAUCCUGGGCCAAAGUUCUCCUGGUUCUCCUGGUUCUCCUGGUUGUUGCUGGGUGUCUUUUGGUACAUUUCCGGCAGUAUUUCAUGUCAGUCUACCAGGUGGAGGUGGAGGAGGGGGUGGAGUCUGUCCUGCUGCCCUGCAAAACCACAGUUCACCUGCCUGAAGACGUAACAGUGGAGUGGAGGGACAGUUCAGUCUUCAACAGGAAGGUCCACGUAUAUAAGAACGGCUCUGACCAGCCUGAAGAACAGGACGAUCUUUACAGAGACCGAACAGAGAUGAAGAGAAACCUGCAGAGACCUGGAGACCUCAGUCUGACCCUGAAAUACCCCAAAGGCAGAGACAGUAACACCUACACCUGCACCGUCUACAGCAGGGAGAGACACAUCCUGAUGGAGAAACAAGUGGAGCUCGAAGUCAAAGUCUGUCAGGUGGAGGUGGAGGAGGGGGCGGAGUCUGUCCUGCUGCCCUGCAAGACCACAGAGAACCUGCCUCAGGACAUUAGAGUGAGGUGGAGACACUUUGAACCCCAAGCCAAAAAGACAGUCCACGUGUAUCAGAACGGCUCUGACCAGCCUGACCAACAGGACCAGGUUUACAGAAACCGAACAGAGAUGAAGGAAGACCUGCUGAGAACUGGAGACCUCAGUCUGACCCUGAAAUCCCCCACAGUCAGAGACAGAGGACGAUACAGGUGCAAUGUCUUCAACAGUGACGGAAACAUCCAGAGAGGGAAAACUGUUCAUCUCAGGGUCAAAGAGUCAGCAGAUUAUCAGGAGGAGGAAAGGGACAGCUGGCUGUGAACUGAUGUCCUCACUGGGUUUCUGAAGACUUCCUUUAGUGAGAAGCAGAUUAACUUUGUGCUUGUUGGAGUUUCUACAGGAAGAUGAAGAUGUUUGUGGUGUUUGUGAUCCUCG